AAGGCACAACCCCGAAUGUCGGGAUCGUUGAACACGCUUCUAAGUCCCUGCCAGAUUCCGGCCUCAAAGUCAGUCACAAACGUCUGGACCUGGGUUGAUGGCAGAAUACGGACGAUGAUUUCUGUGGUGGCGCUUGUUGUCUGUCUAGCUGGCUUGGUGUGGUCACUGGACAAUGGACUGGCGCGAACUCCUCCAAUGGGCUGGUUAUCAUGGCAAAGAUACAGGUGCAACACAGACUGUGUCCAAUAUCCAGACGACUGUAUCAGUGAAAAGCUGUAUAUGAGGAUGGCAGACCUGUUGGUAUCUGAGGGUUACAGAGAUCUGGGAUACAAGUAUGUGAACAUUGAUGACUGCUGGAUGUCCCGCAACAGGUCAAAAGAUGGCUCCCUCCAACCAGACCCUGUCAGGUUCCCUAAUGGGAUCAAAUCAUUGGCUAACUAUGUUCACUUGAAAGGUUUGAAGCUAGGAAUAUAUGAGGAUUUUGGAACAAAAACAUGCGGUGGUUACCCUGGUAGCAAGUUCUACCUGCAGCAGGAUGCCGAGACAUUUGCUGCCUGGGGAAUUGACAUGGUGAAGCUAGAUGGCUGCUACACAGAUGUCUCCGACAUGGACGAGGGUUAUCCAAUUAUGGGAUUCUACCUGAACCAGACUGGUCGCCCCAUGCUGUACUCCUGCAGUUGGCCUGCAUACAUCAAACAGAAAGAUUUUGCUCUUUACCAGAAGAUAGCUAAAUACUGCAACAUCUGGCGUAACUAUAACGAUAUUGGUGACUCCUGGGAUGAUGUGUCAGGGAUUAUCGAGUACUAUGGCAAAGACGGGGGAAACUUCAGCAAGGUUGCUGGUCCGGGGAACUUUAAUGACCCGGAUAUGAUAAUAUUGGGAGAUUAUGGGUUGAGUUACGACCAGCAGCGUGUACAGAUGGCCAUGUGGGCCAUUAUGGCAUCCCCACUCCUCAUGUCUAACAAUCUGGAAACAGUGAAGCCUGAGUCAAAGGCCCUCCUACAGAACAGGCGUAUCAUCGCCAUCAACCAGGAUCCCCUCGGCAUUCAGGGAACCAGAAUCGUCAAGAUGAAUGGGUUAGAGAUUUGGGUCAAGCCUCUUGCCCCAAAAGGAAAGUCCAUAGCCUUCGCCUUUCUCAAUCUUAACCACGGUGGUGGACCAUCCAAGGUAAGCUAUCCACUUAAUAAGCUAGGUGCAAUGUCCCCACAGGGUUACAAUGUGACAGACGGGUUCACAGGCAAGCUGAUUGGUACAUACAAGUCCAAGGACAAGGUCACUGUAAUGGUGAACCCAACAGGCAUUUUUCUUGGUGUGGCAAACUUUCUCGGACAGUGAAAUGUUAAACAGUGUGCAUCCUAGUGUGAGUGUGAAGUAUAUGCUGUGUAUGAGAGUUUGUCAUGUAUGUCAGCACAAUGUUCAAAACAUUCCAAUAGCUUUUUCUCAUAUUACAUUUGUAUAAGGUGCAUUCUAACAUACACCAUGUUUUCAUAUUGUGACUGUAUGUGUUUGUUUUAUUUCAGUGUCUCUUCAUUGCUUGUUUAUAGCUUUAAAGCACAAUUUUAAACGAGUAUAGAUCUGUUAAAGCUUUAUGCCAAGUACAUGUACCUAUCACAAUGCAGAUACAUGUACAUCAAUUGUUCAGUUUAUCACAGUAUUUAACAUAGUUACAAUACAUCAUGCAAUAUUUCAGCACACUUGUCAGUAUUAUUUGAUGUUGAAAUAUAAAAUGAAGAUCUGAGGGAUAUUGCUUCCAGAAUCCUAGGACUAGGCUAGGAGUGACUUCAGAACUAGGAGAGAGUAGUCAUACACUGUUAAAAAUCCCUUCUAGGCUCAAAAUUGCUCUAAGUCUUCUUUUUUAAUCAACACACAGAAGACCAACAUCUACAACAGAUUAGAACAUGUAUAUUAUUGCAUACUUUAUUAUCAAAAUUGAAAGGCCACAAAAUAUAUAGUGUUAAAUAAUGUGAAUGUUUUAUAUAACUUAUGUGCCAUAUUGUUACAGUACUUGAGAUCUUUGUCCCUUGCAUUUUUAUAAACUAUUUUGUUUCAUUUGAAACUUAUAUUACUGGAGCAGAAACUCAAAUAUUGACGGCAACUGUUAUUGUUUAAAAAAAUAACAUAUACAUGUACGGUACAUCAAACAUGUAUUAAAUUUCCCUCUGUAUACCCAAUGCAGGUUGUAUUUUUUCUUUUCUUCCUGAAUCAUCUUGUUCAUGUAUGAUUUUAUAAACUAUAAGAUCACAAUUGCACUAAAAUGCAGAAUUGUAUUGACAUUAUUUUUUUUUUUGGGGGGGGGGUCUUCCCCAAAGCGAACUGGGUGUAUUAUUAAAUAAAUCUAAUCCAAUUUUAAACCCUUCUAUCAUUCAGUUGGGUUCGUUUAUCUUAUUUAAAGCUUCAAUUGUACAAGAUGGCCUUUUAUUACCGGUAUGCCUUCUAUCCUAUUUGCUAUUAGCAAAGCAUCUGAAUUUGAUACGUGCAGCUUGUACAUGUAUUUUAACUUUUUCAUAUUUAAUAGUUUGUAAAAAGUAUAACUGAUGCUUUGAAAUUUAUUGGUGCUGGAUUUGUACAGUUGAUGUUCUUUUGUUUGCUACAGGCUUUUUUAUUUGUUUCAGUACAAAAUAUAUUGGGUUACAGUAAUACUUUGCAGUAGUAAUAUUUUGAAAGCAAAUAAAAAGGGUUACUAAACAACUUAGCUUAUUGAUUUUACUUGGUGGUACAUUAUCAUACCAUUGUUAUAUAGAGGGUGGCUGUUGACAUCUUGCUAUACAUGUUUCCGGUCUUGUCUUCACCAUAUUCUGCUAAAUACUCAUACUAUGUUACAUGUCUCUGUCUUUCAUUAUACUUACAAAAAAUAAAGCUAUAUAUUUUAUUUGACUGCAAAAAUUCUUUAAGCCUCAUAUGCUGAUAUUGAUAUAUAUUGUGAUGAUUUACUGUGAAAAUAAUAUAAUACAUGCAUUGUUAUCCUGUUUUGAAUUAUUUGUAUAUUCAAUGUUGAAUUUCUAACUUUCAUAUAGAUUCUAACACAAAUAAAAUAUCUUUCUUACAAAUUUAA